AUAAUAAUGCACACCUCCAUCGUUAUAUUAGCCCUAACUUCCCUAAUCUUUCCAAUUAUUAUUACUCUUAUUAAACCCAAUAAAAACUAUAUAUACCCUAAUUACGUAAAAACAAUUAUAAUAAUUACCUUUAUUAUUAGCCUCCUCCCUAUAACCAUAUACGUCCUUCUAGAUCAAGACACAAUUAUCUCAAACUGACACUGAAUAACGAUCCAAUCACUAGAAAUUAUAUUAAGUUUUAAGCUAGAUUAUUUUUCCAUAAUAUUUACCCCAAUCGCACUGUUUAUUACCUGAUGCAUUAUAGAGUUCUCAAUAUGAUAUAUAAGCUCAGAUCCAAACAUCAACCAAUUCUUUAAAUAUCUCCUCAUUUUCCUCAUCACCAUGCUAAUUCUAAUUACCGCUAAUAAUCUCUUUCAACUCUUCAUCGGAUGAGAAGGUGUUGGGAUUAUAUCCUUUCUACUAAUUGGCUGAUGGCACGCUCGAACAGAUGCCAACACAGCAGCAAUUCAAGCAAUUCUGUACAAUCGAAUCGGUGAUAUCGGCUUCAUUCUAGCCAUAACCUGAUUUCUUCUACACUACAACUCAUGAGACUUUCAACAAAUAUUUAUCCUAGACUCUAGCCCAAGCCUAUUGCCACUAAUAGGUCUUCUUUUAGCUGCAACAGGCAAAUCAGCUCAACUUGGCCUCCACCCUUGACUGCCCUCAGCUAUAGAAGGUCCAACCCCAGUUUCAGCUCUACUCCACUCUAGCACUAUAGUGGUAGCAGGAGUAUUUCUACUUAUUCGCUUCCACCCUAUAAUAGAAAAUAAUAUACUAGUCCAAAGCCUCACAUUAUGCCUAGGAGCCGUCACCACUAUAUUUAUAGCAAUCUGCGCUUUAACACAAAACGAUAUUAAAAAGAUUGUGGCUUUCUCCACCUCAAGUCAACUAGGAUUAAUAAUAGUCACUAUUGGUAUUAACCAACCAUACCUAGCAUUUCUACACAUCUGCACCCAUGCUUUCUUUAAAGCUAUGUUAUUCAUCUGCUCUGGGUCUAUUAUUCAUAACCUAAACAACGAACAAGAUAUUCGAAAAAUAGGGGGAUUAUUCAAAAUAAUACCCCUUACCUCAACCUCUCUCACCAUUGGUAGCCUAGCACUUGCAGGAAUACCAUUCCUUACAGGUUUUUAUUCCAAAGAUCUUAUCAUUGAAACCGCGAAUACAUCAUAUACCAACGCCUGAGCCCUGUCCAUUACCCUCAUCGCUACUUCUCUAACAAGUGCCUACAGCACUCGAACUAUUAUCCUUACACUAACAGGACAACCUCGCUUUUCAACUUCAACAUACAUCAAUGAAAACAACCCAGCUCUACUGAACCCAAUAAAACGCCUAACAAUAGGCAGUUUACUCGCAGGGUUUAUUAUUGUUAGUAAUAUUUCUCCUACCACACUUCCCCAAUUAACAAUACCUUGUUAUCUAAAACUCCUAGCCCUAUCCGUAGCUACUCUAGGCUUCUUAAUAGCCCUAGAUCUAACCCUUAUAACCAACAACCUCAAAAUAAAUACCCCAUCACACAUAUUCAAAUUCUCUAACAUAUUAGGAUAUUUUCCAACUACAAUUCACCGAAUAAUUCCUUCUCAAAACCUGAUCAUAAGUCAAAAUCUAGCCUUUAUUUUACUAGACUCAAUUUGACUAGAAAAAUCAAUACCUAAAACAAUUUCACACACCCAUAUUAUCACUUCCAUCACCACAACAACCCAAAAAGGCAUAAUUAAGCUUUACUUUCUCUCUUUCCUUAUCCCUCUUACUCUAAUCCCAUUUCUAAUAGCAUAG